GCAUACAGCGGACUGGGUCACUGUGAGUGGUGAUCAUAUAUUAACUCUAUCUCUUAACACAAGUUUGUACAUAGAGUUCUAAUGAUCGAUGGAUUUACAGCUAGUUUGACACUCGUUUAAACGUAAAAGAUAACUUUCAUAAAAUCCAGAAAUCUAAAUAAGCGUUAAAUGAUAAAUUUCAAAUUUUGUAUAUUGUUUUAUCGCAUCUCUUUGAAAGCCAGUGCGGAUAAUUCUUAAAUGGUUAAAUGGUUAAAGUAAUAGCAUAAAUUGAUUCUUUAAAUGUUUGUUUAACACUUAAAGAGAUAUCAGGAAUAAUGGUAUAUUAAUGCAUUUAAUGAGUGUUUGACGAUGAUGAACCUUGAUAAAGUGAGUAGAUAUAAAUACUAAAGGCUAAUAAAGGUGAUAAUUUGCUGUCUUUUUACGCACGAAAUUGGAAAAAUAUUCCACGCGGAUCGAAUAAUCAUGGGGAAAAUUUCGGAGAAGUUGCAAAUUAAGAACUCACUAGCUCGUGAAUGCUUAGCUGAAUUUUUAGGGACAUUUAUUUUAUUGGUUUUUGGUGAUGGCUCGGUUGCCCAGAAGGUGCUGAGCAAAGGUGAACUGGGGUCGGCUUUAUCUAUACAUUGGUCAUGGGGUAUAGGAGUAAUGCUCGGCAUCUAUGUGGCAGGAGGAGUUUCCGGGGCUCACCUGAACCCUGCCGUCACGGUUGCCCAGGCUUUUCUCGGAAGGAUUUCCUGGAAGAAAGUAGUUCCGUACAUGCUAUCACAGUAUGUGGGAGCAUUUGUAGCAUCGGCGUGUGUCUUUCUGGUGUAUCACGACGCUUUGAAUAAUAUUGACGGCGGAAACCGUCAAGUUGACGGAAGUCUUGGGACAGCGGGUAUUUGGUCAACCUAUCCACAAGUGUAUGUUUCGACAUGGAACUGUUUUGGCGACCAAAUUUUCGGGACAGCUUUAUUGCUGAUAUGUAUUCUGGCAAUAACUGACCCCAGGAACAUGCAGCCGACAAAAGGUGUGUCCGCUCUCAGCAUUGGGCUUGUUGUUGUUGUCAUAGGCAUGACAUUUGGUCUCAACUGUGGCUAUGCUAUCAACCCGGCAAGAGACCUGGGACCAAGGAUUUUCACGUCAAUAGCUGGCUGGGGAUCGAAUCCAUUUACGUACCGUGACCACAACUACUUUUGGGUACCCGUGCUUGGACCUCACCUGGGUGGUGUUAUUGGUGCCUACAUCUACCAAUUAUGUGUUGGAUUUCACUGGCCAGUAGAGGAUCAAGACUCGAGCCCGGUACCCGUUAAUCAAAAGCCAGAAGCACCGGGCUACGAUGGACCGUAUAAUCCAAAUACUCAUAUGUGAAAAACAAAAUGACACAAAAUAGCUUUUUUCUGUAAAGAAACCGACACUCAUCGUACACUUUCAUGUCCUUGGAACCUUUCAGUGAGACUAUGUCAGUAUCGCUUUGAGGACGAUCGAAAGCAGGACAAAAUGAUAUGAACAAAUGUGGCAUACUAAGUUGAAACAAGGACUUCUGUUUGUACAUAUAAUUUUGACGGACGACUUUUAUUUAUCCAGUUAAUACCUAAAUGGCAUUAUUAGUGGUAAAACGUGUAGUAAGAAAAUUUUAGAAAAACUAAAGAAAACGGGUAAAUUCAGAUAUCAAAUGCAAAAUUGAGAAAUUUGAAGCAAUUCUUUAGAAUACAGUAAUAUGCACAAAUACAGUCGACUCCGCUUAUUACAAACUCGCUUAAAACGAAUUAUCGUUAAUAGCGAACAAAAUCUGAAACCCUCGGCCGAUUCCCGUAUACUAAAUCACUUCGCUUAAUACGUACUCACUAAUACCGAUUACACCUGUGACAUAUAUGGCAUUUUUUCACGGCACAUUUGCCCACCCAAACAAGUCAACGAAAGUUGUUGCUACAUCGCUUUUAGCGAACUUUGGAUAUA